GUAAACCUCGAAAAAUUUUCAGCUGCGCAAAAAUGCUAUAGCUGCACAAAUACGAACCCGGCCAACGUAUGGCACCGCUUCAAGGAUUCACAGUGGAAGAAAUGGUUGCUGUCGAUCAGAUCACUGACGACUACUGACAGGUGCCUGUAUCCUGACGGCGGCGAAAGUUCUUCUCUGACCACAUUAUGUGCGAAUGGCACCUGUACGAAACUGGUGAUUCACGACUUUGGUUCAAACGAAAUGCCGGUGGCCAUUUGGCGAACCUGCAUUCCACGUGGAAAAAACCGCAUUCGUCCAGGGUGUCUGCGGUUGAACGGCGAAGAUGCAAAUAUUAUUCUGUGUACGUGCAACGAUGACCUGUGUAACUCGUCUUUGACGGUCAGACAAAACUGCCGUUUUCUGGUGUGCUCGCUUUACAUUAUUUCCGUUUAUUUUAUUUACACAAGUUGA